UAAAGCUUUCAUCUCAAUCACCACUGUCAGCAGCAUGGGGCAGCAUCUAGGAAAGAAGGAGUCGCCCGCAGACAGCAAGGCUCCGUCACCUGAACCCAAAGCAAUGGAGGAAACGGCAGCAACAGCGGCAACAGCGGCAACAGCGGAACCUGAAUCACAAGAUGAAGUCUUUGGCCUGGGUGAGGCAGAUGCGAACCAGAACAAUGGCUGCGUCUCGGAGAAGCCGGCGGUGACUGACUCCACGGGCGCUGAGGGCCCCCGCCAGCCCUGGCUCCCCGCCAGCACAGCUGACCCUGACGCCGCCACACCACGCCCCCACCUGGUCCGCCUCUUCUCCCGAGAUGCCCCGGGGCGAGAGGACAACACCUUCAAAGACCGACCCUCCGAAUCGGACGAGCUGCAGACCAUCCAGGAGCACAGCGGAGCGGCUUCAGAGUGCGGCUCGGAUUGCCCCGAACAGGACCUAGAUUAGGCUAGCUUUUUUUUUU